AGCCGGAGCUCCUCACACACACACACACACACACACACACACACACUCACACGCACACCCACUCCCUCCUCCAGCCCCACCGCCCCCGCCAUGGCCGCGUCCACCCUGUCCAUCUGCUCCAGCGACCUGAGCUAUGGCAGCCGCGUGUGCCUGCCCGGGGCCUCGGACUCCUGCCCCGACUCCUCCUGGCAGGUGGACGACUGCCCAGAGAGCUGCUGCGAGCCCCCGUGCUGCGCCCCGGCCCCCUGCCUGACCCUCCUGUGCGGCCCCUCCUCCCCCUGCCAGGGAGACUGCUGCACCCCUCCUGUCUGCUGCACCCCUGUGUGCUGCAAGCCCGUCUGCUGCACCCUUGUGUGCUGCAAGUCUGUCUGCUGCACCCCUGUGUGCUGUGAGGACUCCCCCUGCACAACCUCUUCAUGCUGCCAGCCGUCCUGCUGCACCUCCUCCCCCUGUCAGGAAGACUGCUGCACCCCUGUGUGCUGUAAGCCUGUCUGCUGCACCCCUAUCUGCUGCAAGCCUGUCUGCUGCACCCCUGUGUGCUGUGAGGACUCCUCCUGCACAACCUCUUCAUGCUGCCAGCCCAGCCCCUGCUGCAGACCCUCCUCCUGCGUGUCCCUGCUCUGCCGCCCCGUGUGCAGGCCUGCCUGCUGCGCCCCUGCCUCCUCCUGCUGCCGCCCGGCCUCCUGCGUGUCUCUGCUCUGCCGCCCCGUGUGCAGGCCCACCUGUUGCACCCCUGUCUGCUGCAAGCCCGUGUGCUACACCCCUGUGUGCUGCGAGGAUUCCCCCUGCUCAGCCCCCUCCUGCUGCCAGCCCAGCCCCUGCUGCAAACCCUCCUCCAGUGUAUCCCUGCUCUGCCGCCCCGCGUGCCCCCGCCCCGCCUGCUGCGGCCCUGUCUUGGGCCAGCCCUGCUGCUGACCGGCUCCAGCUUCUGCCUCUAGAGCUACCAUCUUUGCUCCAGAGCACAGACGUCCUCUCUCAGGAGCCCCGGAACCCCUCUGGGGGCGCCAGGACGCCCCUGCCCCUCGGUGGACGCACAGCUGCUGCCUCCCGGGGAUCCGGACAUGCCCGGCUUCCCUUUCUGCAAAGACAGGUCUCUCAAUGGGGGGGUGGGGGGGCUGCUGCACCCUGGAGCCCUCCCCUGCAGGCUGGUUGCUCUCAUUCCGGGUGACAAAGGCCACUGCUAUCAUCAAUAAAAUGUCUGGAUCAUGAAACAGA